UUCCGUACUCACGGUUUUUGCGGUUACAGUCGAAUAUGUUUUCUGGCCACAUUCCAGAGGAAUUAACCAACUCUUUUGGCCUUCAUUAUUUGGACCUUGCAAACAACAACAUAUCAGGAAUAAUACCUCAAUCUCUAGCAGGCAUGAAGGCCAUGAGGCGCACUACUCCGGAUGGGAACAGGGGCGAUGUCUACGAGGGCAGCAUAUCAUCGUUCACCAAAAGCCAAGAGCUUCACUACACCUUCAGCAACUACAAUCUGGUCGUCCUCCUCGAUCUGUCAGGCAACAGCUUGACAGGACAGAUUCCAGAGGAGAUAUCACUGCUCCUUGGGCUCAAGAGCCUGAAUCUCUCCGGCAACCACUUGGGUGGAAAGAUUCCGAACACGAUCGGCGAUUUGAAGGGGUUGGAGUCACUGGAUCUCUCUCGCAACAGGUUGUCCGGUGAAAUACCGUCAAGUUUGUCGGAAUUAACUUCCUUCAGCUGGCUGAACCUGUCCUACAACAAUUUGUCGGGGAGAAUACCAUCAGGGCAUCAACUACAGACACUCAAUGACCAAGAGUACAUCUACAUCGGCAAUCCUGGCCUUUGCGGCCCUCCUCUCCGCAAGAAUUGUGCAAUGAGAGGAAGACACGAUGAAGUUGACGAUGUGUCAGAUGAUUUAGCAGUCCUGUAUCUUGGUAUGAGCAUAGGGUUCGUAGUGUCUCUCUGGUUGGUGUUUUGCACUUUGCUGUUCAGGAAAUAAUGGAGAAUCGCAUACUUUGUGCUCU